CGUCACUCCCCUCCUGCUCCCUUUCCCACACCCAGCAUUCAGCAAGCAGCACGCGAUUGCGAUUGCGCUUGAGCGAGCGGACGGUUUUCUGAGGUUCAGAGCGCGGCGACUUGACUAUGCGCGGCAACUCGUUCACAUGGCUUUGUUCCGAGGGACUAUAGCGCGUACGCCGCGAUUGCCGCUGGUGCUGGUCGUGGCGUGGGUUGUAGAAGCCGCUACAGCCGUCUCGAGGGGAAUUGACGGGGGAUACCCACGCCCGGGGGAGAAUGGCGGGGGAUUGGCCGAAGGCGGGCGGAAGUUGUUGGCACUUAACGGGGAAGAGAUCAAAGAGCGCGCGAAAGAGCUGUACGCGGAGUGGGCGCGGAUCUACGGGCUAGACAACGCCUCGUCCCUGCUUCCCCCGCCCUCCCCGCUCCCCUUUCCGCCCGCCGUCCCCCCCGCGCCCCACCUGGAGGACUGCUCCGCGCGCACUGCCUGGCGCCAUGCUUCAGAGGCGCGCGGACCAGGGGAUGAGCCGCCCUUGUGGGCACGGGGACGGGGGGGAGCGGCUCAAGGGGCGGGGGAAAGGGGAGGGGAGGGGUGUGGGGAGGGGCCUUGGCCGCCGUGGGUGAGGGGUGCUGACGUGGACAACCUGCCAUUGACACGUGUCGCACAGAGAGACAUCUGGGAGAGCCAGCGAAUAGGAGCGGGGUGUGAUGGAAGGCGCCUGCUGGUGGCUCGGUGGUGGCCAGGCGUUCGCCACGGCUUGGGGUCUCAGGUGCAUCUAGCCGGAGCUUAUCUAAGCAUUGCCAUGGCUCACAACCGCACCUUCGUCCCCUGGCCCGGCCAAUUCGACCGCGCGCUCGACCAGAGCUGUCAAGGCCUCGGCCAGCGGGGCGACUGGGAGUGUUUCUACUUCCCCAUCGCCUCCGCUGACUGCACCCACCGAGUGCAACAAGCCCUGGCCAGCCGCGCCAUGCCGGCAUGUGCCUCGAGGGGCUUCAGUGCGGCAGCGGCUUCUGAGGCAACCAUAGUGUGUGUGGAGCAGCAGCAGUUGGGGGAGCUGUUCAUGGCGCAGGGCAGCGAGGCCGCCAGCCUGUGGGGCGCCCCCUAUCUCUCCAUACCCCCCACGGUGGAGCACUGGGGGCAGAUGCAAGGCAUGACGGCCAACGAGAGCAUGACCCACUGGUGGCGGGCGCAGGCGACGCGCUUCAUGAUGCGCUGGCCCUCCGCGCACCUCUGCCACGUCAGCAACCAGCAGCGGCACGCGGCCUUCGGGCCGCUGGUGGCCAAUCAGCUGGCAACGUUCGCCCCGACCCAGUCCGCCUUCCUGCGGCCCCUCACUGCCAGCAACGCCGUCAGUGAGGCCGACUUCGCCCUGCUGUCCGCCAUGGGAGAUUCCUCUCCCUCUCUCCCUCUCUCUCCCUCUGGCCUCCCCCCCUCUGACUCUUCCUCCUCCCUUUCGUCCUUCCCUUCGUCCUUUCUUUCUGCAAAACCACCAGCGCCAGCACCUGCAUCGCCCCCGGAACCACCUCAGCUCCUAGCAGUUGGAGCAUCGCCACCUCUUUCUUCUCCCUUAUUGCCACCAGAGACCGUUGGAGAAUCAACGGGAGAAUCAAUGGGAGAAUCAACGGGAGAAUCAGCGCGGGUGGUGGAAGCAGAGGCGCCUCCUCCCGUGCGCACUCUCGCAUCCACUGUCUGGACAACACGGGGCUUCCCAGUAGCUUUUUGCUCACAUUAUAGCUGCGAUGCAGGUGCCAGCAGCAGCAGCGGCGGCGGCGGCAGCAGCAGCAGCAGGGGAGGAGGGGAGUUAGGGGCGGAGGAGGCAUACAGGAUGGUGGGGGGGGAGGUGCAUGUGCCACGCGGCAUGGUGAGCCUGCACGUGCGGCAGACGGACAAGGGCAGGGAGAUGCGCCUCGCUUCCUUCCACUCCCACAUGUUCCUCCUGCUCAGACUCAAGAGGUCCCUCCCUAACCUUCAAUUCGUCUGGCUGAACACCGAAGCACAGUCUGUCAUUGAUGCCACGUCACUCCACCCCGAUUGGACUUUCUUCUAUUCCACCAAUUCACGCCAAGGAGACAUGUCAGCACAUCAACAGCCUCAGCCAAAGGAGCAACAGCAGCAGCAACAACAGCAGCACGAAGAGGACCUGCGGGCAUAUGACAGUGAGCAGUCGGUGGCAGUCAGCUUUGCUAGCUUACUUAUUGCUGCUCACUGCGACGUGUUCGUUGGAUCUCUGGGAUCUAAUUGGAGCCGUCUGAUCAACGAGCUCAGAUCCACCAAUGGCAGGCUGCUGGCUGGAUUUGUUGCCCUCAACUUGGGCGAAUAUUGAACAACGCAUUGCAUGUGGGAGUGAUGGAAUGAUAUCACCUGGAAAGGACACACUGCCAAACAAGGAAACCAAAAAGAAUGUAAACAAGACCCGAACAAAGAAUGAGGGCAAUC